AUGAGCGUUACCACGCUUGUCGAUACACGGCAGCAGAAGUCUUCAGGUCUGCCACCUUCCUGGCCUCCUCAAAUGACCGCCGACACCUCUGCGACCGAGAAGUUCCCUACCCUGGACGAUGACGACGCACUGAUUGAACAGGAGAAGGAGAACGUUUUCUUGCCGUCCACAGUCAAGUACGCGGGAGAGCCGCUAUGGCAGUCACGGAAAAACAGAGCAUACUCACGGGGGGCACCAUCGGCCGAGCGUUCACAUCGUCCCCGGAAAAGCAUCAGUGAGGCUCUGGGGUCGUUUAGGACCCGGGGAACAAGCGUUAGCGUAAACGCUCAGGAGCUGGCAGAGUCGUUAAAGGCGCCAAUUUCCUAUAAACUCAUUGGUCUUUGCUUAGUCUGGUAUAUGACAUCAGCGCUCACGAAUACCUCGUCGAAAUCUAUCCUCAUAGCACUUCCAAAACCUAUCACGCUCACGAUUGUUCAGUUUGCAUUUGUAUCAGCAUGGUGUCUCUUUCUUGCAUAUCUCGCAUCCGUCUUUCCGAUGCUAAAAACUGCGGUUCCAGUCCUCAAAAACAAGAUCCGAUAUCCCUCAUACUCCAUCAUCUCGACAGCCCUACCCCUGGCUGGAUUCCAACUAUUAGGCCACAUACUCAGUUCUAUGUCGACCUCGCAAAUACCCGUAUCACUCGUUCAUACAAUUAAGGGGCUCUCGCCACUUUUCACCGUUCUUGCUUAUCGUAUCUUUUUCCGCAUUCGAUAUGCCAGGGCCACCUACCUCUCUCUCGUCCCUCUCACUAUGGGGGUUAUGCUUGCCUGUUCAGCAGGGUUCUCAACAAACUUCUUCGGGAUUAUCUGCGCCCUUGCAGCAGCUCUUGUUUUUGUGGCACAGAACAUCUUCUCAAAGAAGCUGUUCAAUGAGGCCGCGCGUGCGGAGGCAGAUGGCCAAUCACCAGGGGACACAAAGCUAGAUAAGCUCAACCUUUUAUGUUACUGUUCUGGUCUCGCGUUCAUCUUGACGCUACCAAUCUGGUUCCUGUCUGAGGGUUAUCCGCUGAUGAUCGACCUCUUGUCCUCUGGUUCUAUCAGCCUAUCAAACAAGAAAGGAGCCCUUGACCACGGCCCAUUAACACUGGAGUUCAUUUUCAACGGCGUCUUCCACUUUGCCCAGAAUAUCAUGGCUUUUGUUUUACUGUCCAUGAUCUCACCAGUUUCAUACUCAGUUGCUUCAUUAAUCAAACGAGUCUUCGUCGUCGUUGUUGCCAUUGUCUGGUUCGGUAAUUCCACCACCCCCAUACAAGCAUUCGGCAUCGCCCUUACUUUCCUCGGUCUCUAUCUAUACGACAGGAACAAGCAGGACGAUGCAGCAGACCGACGAGCCAAUGCCGACCAUUUCCAUAAGAACAACACUAUCCUUCCUCUUAGCAAUGCUUCCAAUGGCUCGGCCAAGGUCUGGAACUCGAACGGGUAUACCUUCCCAACCCCCUCCGUGGGCGGAUUGGGCAUCCAUCCUAUGGAUGUCAAUGGGAAAAAGGAAGACGACAAGGCGAACGGUAUCUCGAGGAGGAAUAGUGUUGCUCGCCCAUGGUUACCGCCAGGGACUAAGCAAGAAUCGACAUGGCAACCAGGUGAUGCAUCCUCACCGCCUCAGAAGUAA